AUGUCAGUCAUCGCAGCUUUCGACGACGCUACGAAACUGGUCCAGCGUAUUCGUGACCAAAGAACGAAGAGCGAUGGCUUGCAAUUGCCGGAAGAAGCCACGCGAGACCUACUAGAAUCUCUUGCCCUAGGACCCAUUAUUGUCCGUGGCCACUAUGAGCAUGAUCUCAGACGAUUCGGAGAACCUUAUGCCUGUGGUGAUAUACAAGCGCGGGAACAGCUAAAAGAUGUCUUAAUCAAUUUACAAAUGUCUCUGAUCAUCACCUUGAGGACAGUGUUUAUGGAUGGCAUCGAGCUUGACUUUCCUGCCCUCCAGGCAGCGUCAGAUGAUUGUCGAGUCAAUGCCGGGGUCUGCCUUGGUCAACUCUCACAGCGACUUUCGGAUGCGGUGAAAGCGCAGGCAUUCUACCCUCAAACGCUGUCUUAUUCGUCAACGCCUGGAUUAUUGCCUCCUCUAUCUCCGUCCUUGGGCUAUUCCAGCAGCCGCAGCACUCACUCAUCAGGCGCCUUUCCAGCCCCUCGCACUCCCGACGCUAUGGCGGAGCAGUUUGGUCAACUCAGCAUGUCGCCAUCAUGUCGGCAUCCAUUUGAAGAUCGUAAGAUGUCGAUUAGUUCUGGAGGAUCUCAGGAACAGUAUCUGCAUCCUCAGUCUACCACAGUCCAUCGAUCAGUCGCGGGGAUCCAUGUGACCGCACCGGCGGUCGGAGUUCAUAGAAUUGACGAAGGUGACGACAGAAGUAUGCGGCGACGGUCGUCUCAGGCCCUGGCAUCGGAUGACAACAUCCUGUUGAUGUUUCCUCAGCCCGGCGGCAAGCCAGUUUUGACUCUCCCAGCAAACGGACAAGAUAUUGAUCAAGAAUCAUAUGCCUCUUCGGUCAAGAACAGUGCCGCACCGUCACCCGAAUUAUCCCGAGCGUCCAGUGGUCAUCAAAGUCAGGGCUCGAGAGAUCGAUUCGGACCAGAUGACUACGGAGACCAUAUUAUAAGGGGAGACGGCAGGCAAUUCAGCAAUAGUACAAUCUACGACAUGUACCAGCAAACGACUCCAGAAAGACAGGCUUCUACCUCUUAUUCCUCGAGAGCACAAGCUUCCAACCACACCAGCCUGGAGCAUGUGCGAUAUCUGCAGGAAAACAGCAGGCCACCAAGACGAGAACCGAGAUCUGAUUCACUUGGCGUCGCAAUGAGAGCAAAUCGCGAGAUCCCUCGACGACCAGUUCGUUGCCCGACAGACACUACAACCCUAACGCGAGAAUUCCUGUCUCGUCCGUCCGUCUCUGCUCCUAUUCCCAUUGAGCCAGCUCGUACCCCGCCACCCACGGGCCCUCUCCCGCGACCGCCUGCACAAUCCCAUUCUCAAUCGGUCGCUUCCAACCACACCUUGCCCCCUCCCGAUCGUGUGCCUUCAGUCCACACCCUCGCCUCGUCCACUGCUCCGUCCGUUAAUCCUCUGAUAAAUACCGCGCCCCCCAUCCUUCCCACCGAUAAAAGCCUUCUCGGCUUCUGUAAAGGUGCAUUCCGCCUUCAAGCCGGCAUGGAGCGCAAGGCAUUUACCAUUGCCAACCGGCCCCAUGGCUUAUCCGGGAUGACCUCGUAUUGGCGCUGCGAGAAGUGCAAUUUCGAGGGGCCCGUCCACAACACGAUAAAUACCUCGGAUGACAAAAAGAAGAAGGGGAAGCCCGAGAGAGCCUUUGAUCCUAGAAUCCGUCUUUCUGAAGGUGGCGGUAUCCGGUAUCGUUGGACUUUCCUAGCGAAGUGUCAUGUUUCAUUGAAGGGGAUGGUGCUACUUGAUGCAGCGUCUGGCAGGGAUGGGAGUUUCGGCAGUUUUGGGUGCAUCUUUUGUUGCGCGGAGGGGAAGCGUCGAGGGUGGUUGGAUACGUCAAGGACGGCCAGCAUUGUUGGUGGCCCGAUUACUGGGUCGAAUGCGAGCACCAAGUCGGGACGUACGGCCAACAAUACGGCAAAGGCCGAGGCUAUGGCACAAGCGACGCCCAUCUUUGGCAACGUUAGCAGUUUCAUGCAGCACCUUGAGAGCGUCCAUCGACACCAGGAUGGAUGGCCAAACGCCGAGAUGGUCGGUCGGUUCCGCGUCGUGGUAGGUAGAGUGGCGCCGGUAGAAGAGACAGGUUGGGAGGUGAAUUUUGUACCGUUUUGA